AUGGCGGAUGAGAAGUAUAACAGGAAGAAUCCGGCGGUGAAGAGGAUUUUGCAGGAGGUUAAGGAGAUGCAAGCUAAUCCAUCCGAUGAUUUCAUGUCUCUUCCCCUUGAGGAGAAUAUAUUUGAGUGGCAAUUCGCUAUAAGAGGACCAGCUGAUACUGAAUUUGAAGUUCGCACUGCUUUAGUGGCUCUUAUUGCCUUCAUGCCUACAAGCCCCAACGGAGCACUGGGAUCUGUAGAGUAUCCGAAAGAAGAGAGGCGUACACUAGCCAUUAAAUCACGUGAGGCACCGCCCAAGUAUGGUUCUCCUGAACGUCAGAAAGUUAUAGAUGAGAUUCAUCACUACAUCCUUAGCAAAGCGACCGUGGUGUCAAAACCUCUUCCUCUGGAAUGUAACCAAAUACCUUCCACUGAAUCAGUAGUUCACUCCCAAACUGAGCCACAGGAAGCCAUAACAGUAGUGGAAGCGCCAUCCACCGCUACAGCAGACACCAUAGCUGAUGAUCAAAUAAUCGAAGAAGCAGUCAACACAACAGCUAAUGUGAGUCCCACAGCAGCAACGGUUGAGGUUGCGGCAAGAGCUUCUGGAAGUGGUGAGCAGACGAUGGUCAGAAGAGCGGCUCAGAAGCCAGUGGAUGACAGACUGUUCACCUUGGCGGCGGUUGGGCUCACAAUGGCAAUCAUGGUUCUUCUCCUAAAGAAGUUCAUAAGGUCGAGUGGUUAUGGUACUGGCUUUAUGGACGAGUCUUGA